AAGAUGCAACUGGUUUAAUUGAUUGCAAAAAACCAUCCAAGAUUAUUUUUUUGGGCAUGUUUUUUCGAUUAUGCUACUACUCUAAUUUUUUUACCUCUUUUUUAUCCCUUUUUUCCAUUUUUGUCGGAUAAAAGAAAAAUUAACAUAUUUAUCUUUUUUUGAAUUGUGAUCAGUUCUCUUGGAUUGCUUCAACCCUUCUAUCUCCCUAAUUUUGUCACCUGAAUCUCUGAUUAGUUUCGUGAAACUCACUUCCAUGUAGUUUACUAUGGAAAGCACCGGCAAUUUGGAGUCUGAAAUCGGAUUGGAAGUCGAUGAUGCCGAAAUGGAUGCCGAAACCAGCUUGGGUGAGGAUGACAAGGAAGAAGAAUUCAGGGAAGCUUCCAAGAAAGGCGAUUCAAUUGCCGCAGCAAAACUGAAUUCUUCAUUAGCGACUCCUAAUAGCACGGAAGGAAUCAAUUUAGAGCCUUUCGUAGGUAUGAUAUUUGAGUCGGAAGUAGAAGCAUAUCAGCUCUAUAAUGAGUACUCUAAGCAGAUGGGAUUUGGGAUCAGAAAGAAAUUGUGUCGUCGUUCGAAGGCGAACAAUGAUAUCAUUGCCGGAUGGUAUGUUUGUUCGAGGCAAGGCGCAUAUGCCCGGCGUGGAAAGACGGCAAACCCGCGAUUCAUUACCAGGGUCGGCUGUCCCGCCGAGCUGAAGGUGAAGAGAAUGGCUGUCAAGAAGUGGCAGGUGACUGAUUUCAUCAAGGAACAUAACCACGAGCUUGAUCCGGAGAAUGCAUGCUUGUUUCGUUCACAUAGGAAGUUUCAAGCACCUGAGCAGAAUCUUGUUGAAAUUGUGAGUAGAAAUGUUGGAAUUAGAGAACAAGUGAAUGUUGUGGAUAAAGAACAGCAAAGAUUUCUUUCUGCGGCAGAUACUCAUGCACUGCAUAUGCAUUUCAUGCGCAUGCAUUCAAAGAAUCCAGCAUUUUCAUAUGCCAUGGAUUUGGACGAGAAACAACGUGUGAGGAAUGCCUUUUGGGUUGAUGCGAUAUGUAAGGUGGCUUAUACUCAUUUUGGCGAUGCUGUGAUGCUGGAUACAACUUUUCUGACAAAUAGGUUUAAGAUGCCGCUCGUGUCAAUUGUAGGAGUUAACCAUCAUGGGCAGCCUGUUUUGCUUGGAUGUGGGUUGCUUGGAGAUGAGACUCCAGUAUCAUAUGUAUGGUUGUUCAAAGCAUGGCUUGAAGCAAUGUCAGGUCAACCUCCAAAGGCGUUAAUUACUGACCGGAGUAAUUCGAUAACUGCAGCGGCUGCAGAGGUGUUUCCUGGGACUUGUCACCGGUUCUGCCUAUGGCAUAUCUGCAAAAGGGUCUCCGAGAAACUAGGUUACGUAUGGAGAACUCAAGCAAACUUUAUGAAGAAGUUCUACAAAUGCAUCUUUGACUCUUUGACCGAAGAUGAGUUUGAAAAGCGGUGGUCGAAAUUUAUCCAACAUUUCAGUCUUAUGAAUGAUGAAUGGCUUCAAGGAUUGUAUGAUGAUCGACGAAAGUGGGUUUUAGUGUAUCUGAAGGAUACUUUUUUUGCAGGGAUGUCUAUUUCGCAACGUGGUGAAAGCCUGAACUUGUUUUUUGAUAAACAAGUCAAUCGCCAUACUAGUUUAAAAGAAUUUUUGGAAAAAUAUGAGCAAGAUUUGGAGAGUAAAUAUGAGGAUGAAGCUCAAGAAGACAGGAGAUCAAUUUGCAUAAUGCCCGAGGAAAGAAUGCAUCCAUCACCUUUUGAGCUACAACUGGCGAAUGUUUAUACAAGAAACAUAUAUGAGAAAUUUCAAGGUGAGGUUUUAGGAAUUUCUUCGGUAUUUGCAUCAAAGAUUGAGGAGGAUGAGGAAAGCACUAUUUUUGCUGUGAAGGCUUAUGAGGUGCAAGAAGAUAGUAAAGAUAAAAAAGUGAAAGAAAGAGAGUACAGAAUUAUUUGGAAUGCUGAGGCAAGAAGGAUAUAUUGUAUAUGCCGCUUAUUUGAGUUUAAUGGUUAUCUUUGUAGGCAUGCAUUGGCUGUCUUUCUAGCAUCAAAUGUUGUAGAAAUUCCAUCUCAUUAUAUACUGAAACGAUGGACAAAGGAUGCAAAAACUAUAAAUGUGUUGAAUGCUGCUUUGAAUGAAAAAGAAGACUGCUCAGCAUCUAUAACGCAGCGUUUUAAUGAUAUAUGUGUGCGAUGUAUCAAAUUAGCACAGGAAGCAUCCUUGUCGAAAAAGAGUUAUGAGGUUGCAUUGCAGGCAUUACAAGAAGCUUUGGCAAAAGUUGUAUAUGAGAACAACCGUCCCAGAAGAAAUAUCCAAAAUUACAACCCACGUGGUUCUACUUAUUAUAAGACUAAUGAGGGAAGCCAAGCAAAUAAUAUAGGAACCCCCAUGUUGUAUGUGCCAAAUCAACUAGGGACCAUGUUAGUCGUAUGCAAUCCUCAAGCUUUUCAGAUGGCAUCUACUUCCAAUAAAAAAAUCAAGUAUGGAGCAGAGAAGAGAGGAAGCAAACAAAAGGAACAUAAGAGUGGUGAUUGCAUGCAAUUCAGUCACAGUGUCGCUACUUCCACAGAGAUUCUUCAUGUUCCUUCUGGAGUAAAUACCAUGCUCGCUGGUUGCAGCACACAGAUGACAGUGGAACCUAUGGACCAACUUAACCAAGAACAAUCAGUCAAUGUAGCUAAUAAGAAUCAAGACAUCAGAAUUGAAAUGCUUACAAAUUUAUCAAAUGAGGGCCCUAUUAAUAUUGGCGACUGAGGAAUUUGAGCAAGGUGCUUCAGGAUUUUCCAAGCAAGGCAAUGGUUAGAUAUGGGAGACAACAGCUAUUGACUAAAUCUGCAAGUUCUGCUCUUUUCAGAUUACAAUAUCAUGUUUCAAACUUAAGGCUCUUGUCCCAUAAACCGGAUAGGAUGGAAAAAAGAGAGCAUUGACAUCUUAACAUGCUUGCUCAACUCUCAUUUGGAAUUACUGGUAAGAUUCCUUCUUGUUUUGUUACAAUAUCAUGCUUUAUUUAGAUAAAUGGUAUCACCUAAAGGUGCUGGGAGUGGGGGUGACAAAUUUGAAUUUUGGGCUAUCUAUCUAUUCUUUUCAGUUCACUUUCUUGACAGUUUGGUGUUUCUGGAUUGUGUUUACGUCAUAUUCUGCAAGUUCGAUCAAAAGUUGGAUGGAGGAUUUGGGGAUGUGUUGUCAGAGUGAGCAAAUUGAGGUUUUGGGAAACUUGCUGGUAUUACAAGAAGUCAUUCAUGUAGAUACUCUUAGUGAAUGCACUUGUACUGCAGCCAGCAGAAAUGCAUUCUCUCUCUUACCUUCCUUUCACUGCCUUUUGCCCCUUGAAGAUCUCUUCUUACAAUCUCUCUCCACCUUCAAAGUCUAAUUUGAUUUUUUUUACCUCUUAUUUUUAUAGAUUUUACUUACACAAUGUCGAUCUGAAUCGCCACCAGUAAAUUUUAACUGAUCGAGCAACUUCAGGUCAAGUAAUCUAGAAUUAGUUAUUCUGUCAUUUGAUUGAGCAAAUGCUGAACUGAUGGAGAUUAUUUAUUAAAGUUUGUCUGGUUGGAGGUUAUUCCGAUUUAAGAAUGGUUGGAGUUUUACCUGUCUUUUUUUUUUUCUUGUAAAACAUAUUCAUUCUGGUAAACAUUUAAGCGGCUUUUCAUCUACAAUCACGAAUUGCAUACGAGUUAGGAUUAGAGAGUGAUAUUCAAAAAGCACUGGCUGACAAAACAAAAGGGAAAAGGACAGCAACUGGCUCGAAGGUGGAAAAAGUGGAUGUAGAAUCAAACAAUUCGAGCUUCCACCUUCUUUAAGGUCAGCUGUUUGGGUGAUUAUGAUAGAUGCUUGUGGUAGUGGCUUCUCGUAUGGUUGCAACGUAAGAACAGGGUGGGUUGCAACGAUCUAAUUUCUCACUUUUAUCAAAUAUAGGGUAAUAAAAUCUGGAUAAAUUUUGCAUGGUUUCAAUCUGUCUUGCUGAUAUCAUGUUUUGCUAGAUAGGAAAAGCGUCACAGCUCGGUGCACGCCAAGCAUUCAUCAAAUAGUUUUUGUCAUUGUGUUUUUUUUUUUCAUAUUUAGAUUUCUAAUAUUUUGGAACUUCAAAGGAAUUGAUUUUUGUUUUCUCCUUGUGUCAAUAUGGGGGAAAAUGCUGUCUGGAUAAACCAAGCUGGGUUUGGGAUGACACUUUUGGAGAAAGGGAUGUGCCAGGUAGAUGGGUUUUACAGAUUGGUUAAAUCUUGAGCCCUGGUCAGUUCAAACUGUCUCAGAAUUGAUGCACCGAUGUGUUUCUUGAGCACGAGGGAGCGCUGAGAGUAGAGACAUGGUAGUUCUAGUAUAGUUCAUGACUAAGAAGCACUCAAAGAACUCUUGUAUGUUAUUAUUCUUGAUAAUCAUUCUAUAAUACUUUAUCAUUUGGCUCUGACAAAUUUAGGGUCUAAACAAUAACAGGGAAAUCUUCAUGAGCUUAAAAUGAUUUAGUUGAACUACCUGUUGCAAUUCAGGUGUUUUGGCUCACUUCAAGUUCCAAUCACAAGUAAUGUUUGCUUCAAAAUUCAACUGACGGUGCAAGUAUUUUGACUACUGUAUGCUGAGCUGCAUCGGCUUGAGGCAUUAAUUUAGGUUACACUAAGCUGUAAUUAGAGCUGCUGUAGCUGGAGUGGCUGAUGUCUGACUCCACACUUCAACCUACUGAGAGUUGAAGCUUUUCUGUGUUUAGGUUGUCUAAAAUCAUAUUAAGUCUAGUUUGAAGCCUGCAGAAAUAUUAGACAAUAUGGGAUGUAAUGAAACUGCUGUAACCAAAAAUGUUGCUGUAUGAAAUUUUCACCCCAGAUGCACUGUUUUUUGUGUGAGAUUUCUUUUUUAGUCAGGUAGCAUGUUUUCUUAGGCUGCAUUCUCGUGGAUAAAGAACCGCUCUCAUUCUGAUGCAGCAUCUGUCAGACUACUAAGAUCUAUUUAAAUCAUUAAACAUAAGAAAGAUGAUGUGAUGUUGACCAUAUUCAACUGUCCACCAGGUUCUGCUCUUACGUUUGUCAUGCAAAUUGUUGGAUAAUUUCAUGCUAGGGGAACAUCCAAGAAUGGCCAGAUUUUACAGGCUUUAGGCAUAUAACCAUCUCGGCCAUUGAAUCAUAUCAUCAUUCUUUGCCCUUUUGUGAACAUAAAUAACAUCAACCUGUACUCUUUUCCCUGAUAAUACGAGAUUUAAAAAUCUGCAGGUAUCGUGCAUACAUUUGAUAAAAUGCACGUUCUUUUGUUGAUGUAGACUAAGCUUUUUGAAGUGGCCAAAUGAAGAUAAUGACCCAUCCCUCUAUCGACCAACUAUGCUAUUUAAAUUCAUUGAAUGAUUAUUUAGCUUAGCAAGCUUUUGUUUAUGUAGAAGUACUAAUAUUGAAAAAGGGGAAAAUAACAAAGAAGCUGAGGAAAGAAUAAAAGACAGAUCAGAGCACUCUGGAGCAGAAGGUUGGCAUAAGAGAAUAA